AUGUCAGGAGAUAAAUAUGUUACGGCAUCAUUACUAAUACCAAUAACAGUAGAAAUACAAAUGGAAUUAACUCGACUUAGACCUACUCUCAAAUCUUCUAUAGCUCAAGGGCUAGACAAAUCAUUACAAAGUGUUUUCAGUAAUAGAUUGCUCAAAUACGAGGCAAGACAGGAAUCUCAAAUUAGCACUUUUUGUGACCCAAGACUGAAGAAACUCGCAUUUCUUUCCACCACUAAUGCCAAAACUGCUCAAGAUCUAACAGAAGAUGAGGUGAAAAAAAUAAUUCAUAAAGAUAAAAAUGAAAUCAGACUAACUACAGAUUCCGAAGUUUCAGAAAGAGAAGAGCAUAUUCGGCUGGGCCAGCGACAGAGAGCAUUCAGGCCAACAGAUGGAUGCUCAGAUAAUAUAUUCUUGCUCGAUCUGGUACUUAGAUACCAUUAUAAGCGCCACAAGUCGCUGUACAUGGCCUCCCUAGAUAUUGCCAAGGCCUUUGAUUCUGUGGCGCAUAAACAAUCCAAGAAACUCUGGAUAAGUACCAUCAGACUUUGCUGUGACGAAUGGAAGUCUGAAAAUAUUAAGCCAGCCUGCGGUGUCAAACAGGAUGACUCGAUGUCCCCAAUGAUAUUCAAUAUGAUCAUUGAUCGUCUCUUAAAACAACUCCCAGAGGAUAUUGGAGCGAGAAUGGGAGAGCUCACAAUAAAUGCUGCAGCCUUUGCAGACGAUAUGGUGUUAUGUGCAUCUACAUCAGUGGGACUUCAGCGGUAUCUGGGAAUUCCCUUCACCCCGGAAGAGAGGGCGAUGGUCAAGGUCACGCACAAGCUUCAGGAAGCCAUAACAAGGCUAACGAGAGCCGCCUUAAAACCACAGCAACAUCUAUUUGCGCUGAGAACAAUGGUAAUUCCAGGUAUUUUUCACCAACUGGAAUUAAGCAAUACGUCCAUUAGCCUAUUAAGGAAAUGUGACAGCCUCGUACAAUGUGCUGUGAGAAAAUGGUUGAGUCUGCCUACUGAUUCACCGAAUGCAUACGUACACGCUGGUGUCAGAGAUGGUGGACUUGGAAUUGAAGCUGUGAGAUGGAGUGCUCCACUUAGAAGGCUCAACCGACUGAAAAGCUUGCCUUUGGCGCAACAACAAGCCAGUGGUGUCCCUGGCUCAUUCUUGAGCAAUGAAAUUGCGUUGUGUAAGAGGAGACUUGCGGAUGAUGGUGCUGAGCUCGCCACAGCUCGUGAUGUUGCUAAAAGAUGGGCGGAGCAACUAUACGCCCGCGUUGACGGUGGUGGGCUUAAGGAGUCCAGUUGCAGAUGGCCGGAGACUCUUGAUCAUGUGUUGCAAAAGUGUCACAAAACACAUGGACCAAGGAUUAAAAGACACAAUGCAGUGACGGCAUAUGUGAUCCAAGAUCUACGUAAACAAGAAUACCUUGUGGAAAUAGAGCCCCAAAUCAGAACAGCGACUGAGCUUAGGAAGCCGGAUAUAAUAGCUAAAUUAGGCCAAACGGCACUGCUCAUUGACGCACAAGUCGUCAAUGAUCCGAUCGACUUAGACAGUGCCCACCAAAGGAAGAGUGCAAUAUAUAAGGACAUUGAGGCGGAGCUGCGGCAAAAAUACGCGGUCACCGCCGUCAAGUUUACGUCCGUCACGCUGUCAUGGAAGGGAAUUUGGAGCCAAGUCUUGACAAAGGAACUGCUAGAGUUGGGUGUCAUUCGACCUGGUGCAUUUAAAGUACUGUCUUCCAGAAUUCUGAACGACGCUGCUCAGCAACCCACCUACUGGACGGCGGGAGGAUCGUCUUAUAUAGAUGUUACUCUCUCGUCCCCUACCAUGAGCCAAUUUAUCGGCGAGUGGAAAGUGAGGCACAACUGGACGAGCAGCGACCACAACUCCGUGGACGUCAGGGUGAGGGUGCCGAAAGUAACGGGCAAUGACCGGGGGGCCGAGACCAAUCGUUUCGACACACGUCGGGCCGAUUGGGAUCGGUUCGCCGAGAACCUGCGCGAUCUAUUCAGGUCGCAGCUCGAGGUCCUCGGUCUGCAGUCUGCGGAGGAAGUAGAAUUGAUGGCGCAGGAACUUACGGUGGUGCUCCAAGAGGCCUGUAAGUCUUCUAUGCCAAGGAAACGAAGGUUUAGAAAAUCCAACCCGUGGUGGUAUAGAGAACUGCCUGUCAUCAAAAAAAGGGAGGUGAGAAAGGCAAAGCUCGCAAGUUGGCGAAAAUUCGUCACGUGGCACGGCAACUCGGAGGCUUGGAGCUACGUUUAUAAGCAAGAAGCUGAAAAAUUCCGGGUUGAGAGGGUGGUCAACACCCUCCGGCAAAGCGAAUACUCUACCAACACCGUAGAAGAGACAGCCAGCUACCUUCUGAAUGUCCACGUCUCAAAUGACCGGAAGAAUGAGGAUACAGAUAGUCAAAGUAAAGUCAGGGAAAACGCGCAAGUUGCGCCAAAUACGGCCGACGCUCCUAUCUUCACGGAGCGAGAAGUGGUCGAGGUAGUUAAAAGUUUUAAAAAUAAUACAGCACCCGGACCUGAUCUAAUCGAGCAGGUGGGACCGAAAACGGAGCUCUGCGGGCACUUCCUCGUUGCCUACUUGGAAACUUUUCCGUGCCCUAAUUCUAUCUGCACCCUUCGAUCGCUGAUGCAAAAGUUCGCAAGGGGAGUGUUCGCCCCGACUGUGGCGUAUGCCGCAGCGGGAUGGGCAGAUCUCUGUACGGAGCGCGAUAUCAGAAAAUUACAAAGUAUACAGCGCAAGGUGCUUAUACCGGUGGUAGGCGCGUAUAGAACGUCGUCGCGGGAAUCAUUGUGCGUUGUUGCCGGUGCAACCCCUGUCGAAAUCCUCUUCCAGGAAAGCAGGGCUAGAUAUGAAAUUAGAAGAGUUAGGGACGCCGAGAUAGUAGAAACUGUAGUCGCAGCAACAGAUAAGGAUGCGGUGAAACGCAUUAAGGCAGAGGGUAGGAGGAUGUGGCAGGCCAGGGACAUUUCUGGGAGGAUGGGCGCGCGGUGGAUUCAACCUGACCGUUGGAGCGCGCAGGUGCUUACGGGUCAUGGCGAUUUCCGAGCACGCCUAGCGUCGCUCGGACUCGUCGACAGCGGUGCCUGUGAUUAUGGCGGCGGUGAAGACACUGUACCGCACUUGCUUCUGGAGUGCAAAAGAUUCGAGGCGCAGAGAGUCGCUCUGCGCGAUAUGAUACGAGCUGACAGUUGGAGAUGGCCGGAGGUGGCACCUUUCUUGAGUCAGAGCGCGUGUCCAGGUACGGGACACGUAAUGAGCAGGCCUCCCCAUGGUCCCCCGUGGGCCGUGGCUAGGGUGCAGGGGGCGGCGGUUGGGCGCGUCCAUCAACGCCAGGUGGGCGUGUCCUGUUCGCCUCUCCGGGUGUGCAAAGGGGUGGUUGCACCGGUCACGACUGAACUGCUCAUCCUGCGUGCGAACCCGCAGGCGCUGCUGGAUUUUUUUAUGCCCGGUUUUUGGGGUUCGUUGGAUAGUGGAGACGCCGUCUAUCUUACCACAGGGAAGAUCGUUUUCGUGCAGUUUUUGGGUACAGUGAACAGCAGUGAACAAAAAUGCGAGCUUGUUGCGUCUCUGGAUGCAAGUCCACCGGAAAAGUGCUAUCGCAUCAGUUUCCAAAAAAAGAGACGUUUAGUCGACACAGCUAUUCCGUUAAUUAAUAUAUGUGAGGAUCAAAUAGAAACAUUCCAGCAAGAAACAGAAAUAUUCCAACAGGAAAUAGACACAGCUAUUCCGUCAAUUAAUAUAUGUGAGGAUCAAAUAGAAACAUUCCAGCAAGAAACAGAAAUAUUCCAACAGGAAAUAGACAUACAUCCAGAAGAAAAUCAUCAUCAGGAGCAAGCAACUACACAAGCUAGAAGAUACACAUUAGAAGACAAAAUGUUUUGCAUUUCAAUUUAUAAAAGGUCACCUUCUACAUAUAAGUUUUUAUCCAAAUAUUUGUUUUGCCCGUCCUCUUCCAUAUUAAAUAAACAAUUACAACAAAUUCCUUUUGAUACUGGAUGCAACAAAAUUAUCAUACAAUAUUUAAAAUUACUUGCAACUGAAAUUGAUCCUCAAGAUCUAACAUGUAUACUUAUAUGGGAUGAAAUAUCUAUUCAACCUGCUAUGCACUACGACAAAAAAACUGACAAAAUCAUAGGCUUCGAAGAUUGGGGUCGUGGUACACCACACCAUCCUGGUCCCACCAAACACAGAGCAUUGUCUUACGGCCAAAGCGAUUGGGCUUUGCAGUGGAUGGAGCGGCUUCACCAGGUGAAAGCCAUGAUCUUUUUCGCUUCGGGUUCUCAAAAAAAUCCACUUCUCGUCACCCGUGACAAUCCGAUGCAAAAAAGACUUCCUUUCGAACCGUUGAAGCAGCAUUUCACAAAUGGUUUUUCGAUGUUCCAUUUGCCUGUCGUUCAAUGCGUGUGGCACCCAUUUUCCAUACUUCUGGAUUUUUCCCAUGGCUUUUAA